UUCUUUUGUAUUUCAACUCACAUGACCAAGGAGAGCGCAUUUUUGCACUGCAGAGGGUCUGUCAAUGAAACUUUUAUUUUGAAAAUAUGGCUUUCGCAUGUAGUCUCCAGAUCACUGUGUGUAUGAACUCUCCUAACGACGGCUCUACUGUUGAAAAGUGCGUCUCUUUUGACUUCGAUCGGCGCGAGAGUCGAAGUUGGCAGGAUAUAGUGCAACAAAUAAAGCAAGAGGUUGACUUUUCAUGGGAGGAGCAGGACAAAGAAUGGGCAUUCCAGUAUUGCGACGAUGAAGGGGAUAUCAUAUUUGGAAGAACAGAUAAUGAAUGGCAAGAGGCGGUAGAACAUGGGUGCAGCAGCUCUGAUGCAACACUCCAGAUCAAUGUAUUUCCAAUUGUUUCUACCAAGCCUAAAAAGACAUGUGGGACUAGCAAAUCAUGCUGUAGCAAACCUUGCACCGGUUUCACUCGACCUAUUCCUGCAACUCCUGAAAAUGAUGGCGCUGUACCACAAAAAGUGGUGAAUGCUACGCUUCAAGACUUUAUGUACAGCAACGAGGCCUUGAGGGCUGUGGCCUUGCCUUUAGGUGCUUUAGGUGGUGGCUCAGUGGCUUUGGCUGGAGAUGGGGGCUUGCGGCAAUGGCAGAUUAGUGGAGCUGUCAAUCACACUGCUCAUGUACCUAACUCAUUCUUUGCUAUUCGUGUGGAGCAAACAAAUUCUGUCAAAGCUGUGGCUCUCCAGUCCAACACAUGGUAUGACCAAACUGGGUUUAAACCUGCAGCCUACAUCAGUGAUCAUGUUGUUCCUGAGGCCUCUAAGGAUCUUCUUAAAACGAUACCUGGAGUGAAAACCAUUACUGUUGGAGCAAAGUAUCCCAUUGCUGAAGUGAGCUAUUUGAGUGAUGAAGUUCCUGUUCAAGUUCACCUUGAAGCAUUUAGUCCAUGCAUUCCUCUGGACUCGAAGAACAGUGGCAUUCCGGUUAUCAUGUUUAACUUCAGUGUCACCAACAUAACUUCGUCAGAUGCACAGGUUUCGCUGUUGGGCUCGCUGCAGAAUAUCGCUGGCUGGGAUGGCCUGUCUGACAUAGGUCUUGAUGGUCCCACGGGUUCCUGGAUAUCUAACCCUGGGUUUGGAUCAAACUUAAACUACACCCUCAGCAAAAGUGGCUUUUUUGAGGGUAUUGGUAUGUUCAAGCCAAAGCUUGGAGACUCAAAGCUGAAUGAAAACGGGCAUGUGGCGAUUGCUGUUGUACCUAAUGACAGGGACAAACAGAUCGACCGUGUGCUACAGUACCAGUCGGUCAAGGAUCUAUGGAGUAACUUUCAGAAACUUCAGUUUGACGGAAGUGUCGCCCCACAGCUUUCUCCAGAGGGCAAAACGUGGAAUGGUGCAAUGUGUAGUACAAGGAAUAUCGCGGCGAACGCAACUGAGACGUUCACAUUCCUUCUUGCCUGGCAUUUCCCGCACAGAUACGUUAACUGGAGCCAGAGCGGCUUUGGAAUAAACGACCCAAAUAGCGCUUAUUACAUCGGUACAAAAUAUUCGGAAUAUUGGAAGAAUAUCGAAGAGGUACUGUUCUAUUCUACCUCGAAUUUAAAAGAUUUGCAGACCAAGACCAGAGCUUUCAGGGACUCCAUGUUUGACACGUCAUUGCCAUGGCAACUGGUAGACAGUGCGGCAGGUCGAGUCUCGGUUUUAAAAUCGCCAAAUUGCAUGUGGCAUGCCGAUGGGAAUUUCUACGGUUUUGAAGGUUGCAGUCCCAAGGAAGGUUGUUGCCCAUUGAACUGCACUCACGUUUGGAACUACGAGAUGGCGCUUGCAAAGUGCUUCCCCGAUUUGGAACGAACCAUGAGGAACGUAGACUUGUUGCUGCAGAUAACUCCCACAGCUGUCAUCCCGAGCCGCACCACUGUACCCCUGACCUUGCGCCGAGUCUGGACAUUCUGGGAAAACUACACAGAAGACCCCGCCUCCACCAUGAUCUGUGUAGACGGGGAUGUCGGGACAGUUCUGAAGACGUACCGAGAGGUUCGGCAAGGGGCGCCAAAGACUUGGUUCAACAAAAUGUGGCCUCAGGUGAAGAGGAUCAUGAAACGAUGGAUGACUGAUCUCGACAACGGCACAGGCGUUAUCCCCGGUCCUCAGCCCAACACUUAUGAUUGCACUCUUUACGGCGUUAAUGUGUACAUCAGUGGUUACUACCUCGCCGGGUUAAGGGCGGCAGAGAAAAUGGCCAAGAUUCAGAACGAGCCGGAACUAGCGGCCACGUACCACCAGCGGUUCGAACUGGGCAGCGCCAAAAUCGACAAGACGCUUUUUAAUGGAAGCUGGUACAUCCAGGAAGUCGACUCCGAGCACCCCGUUAAUGUAGUUGGUGAUGCAACUUGGGUCGACUGUCUUGUUGGUCAGUGGUGGGCGCAUGCGCUUGGCCUUGGCUACAUCUUGAGCCAGAAGAACAUCCAGUCAACGCUACAAAAUAUCUUCCUGAAGAAUCACGUGGAGCGCUUUGUACCGGCAACACAAGCUCCCCGCCAGUUCUUUGACGAGCGUGAUGCUGGCCUUCGCAUAUGCGUCUAUCCGAAUGAUUUGCCAAAAUCUCCUCUCCUCUAUCACAGCGAGGGAGCAUGGACUGGCCUUGAGUAUGAGUACGCUGAGUUGUGCUUCUACGAGGGCUUGAACGACAUCGGCCUGAAAGUACUUACGGAUACGCGCAAUAAGUAUGACGGCACUCGCCGAAGCCCUUGGAAUGAGAUAGAGUGCGGGGACCACUACGCACGACCUAUGGCAUCAUUCCUGCUUUUUGAAGUCGCAUCCGGACAGGACUGGAAUUUUACAUCUGAGGGUCUCGUCAACUUGAGCUUUGCUCCUCGCUUGAGUCAGACAGACUUUCGUGGGUUUUUCAUCCUCGGCUCGUGUUGGGGUCAGUACGUACAGAAAGGCAACGAUGGGAUGACCUCGGGCACAGUCGAGCUUGUCAUCAAGUAUGGCGAUCUAAAGCUCGCAGAGUUGCGUCUCGCCUCGAAUGCCAAGAACGCCUCAGCGCGGCUUAGCGGGCAAUCCGCUGACUACGUUCCCGCCACACCGAUCCAAGAAAAUGGAACCAUCAAACUGGUAUUUGGUGGGAAUGGAUGUCUCAUCACAGCUGGGCAGUCCUUGAUUGUCGCAAUGACAGAAUGAACAUUCGCCUAUCGAGGAUUUAUGGUUAUACGUGAUGCUACAUUGCUCUAGUCAACCUCGGGUCUCGGGUCUCCUUAGCCAAGGAAUUAGGCAAGUAAUGUAGAAUAUUAUCUAAAUACGCUGUUAGAAUGUGAUAAUAACACUUUAAAAUGUAAAAGCAAUAUCGGGAAGAUACAAAAAAUUCACGUUAUACUUUCAUAUCUGCACGUUCACGUGUAACAAUGCACAGUUGUCAUGAAGAAUUGCCACCAGUUGGGCACGAUUCAGCCGUAUAAAUAAAUCACUUAAUCAAGA